AUGUCACCACAAGACGUUGCGACCAGCAAGCAUCGGCGGCGGCCGGUACCCGGGAAAGGAUUUCGCAAAUCGAGGAAAGGUUGUUAUAAUUGCAAGCGACGGCGAGUGAAGUGCUCCGAGGACCGGCCUGCAUGCGCCCAGUGCGGGCGGAUGGAUCUGGUCUGCGAUUAUCCCGCUGCUCAGCCAUCUACUUUAGCUUCGCCGUUGCAUGCACCGUCUGCGCAUUGCUCCUCGAUGGUGCUAAGCUUUAAUGACUUGCGAUUCUUUCACCACUUUCUUAUUGCGGCCUACCCUUCCGUACCAUCAGGCUUCGAUAACUUUUGGAAGGAUGUUGUGGCAAUGGCACCUGAGUACGACUUCCUCGUUCACUCAAUACUAGGCAUGGGGGCACAACACCUCACAAUACACGCCAGCGCAAACUUCUCACGCGAAGCCCUGUAUCACCGCGUAAAAGCCAUCCAGACUCUCAAUAAAUCUCUAUCGCAGCCAUGCCUUUCCAAUGCUGACGGAGAUGCUCGGCGUGCUGCCAUUAUGACUUUAAUGUUUCAGUCCUCUUACAUGCCAGAUGGCAUGAUGGAUUUUCUCUCGACCCUACGGGGUUGGAUGAUUAUUUCAAAGGCUGUUCCGCCCGAUUUUGAGGAGUCAUCGUUCAGAUUAUUCACAAUAGAUGCUUAUGUUGAGACCAUGAGAAAUCGCAUUUCGAAUCCUGGCGAAAUCGACCAGGCCAGUGCCACCGCCCUUGAGGACUUCUCAGCAUCACUUAGAACACUAGCUCCUCAUUGUCGGGGCGUCGCCGAAGUUCAAUAUCUCUCCACCAUGGAGAACAUUGUCGAACUAGCCAAGGUAUCCUUUACGGAAGCCUGUCUCAAAUUGGUACCAUGCAUCGCGAUGACCAACAAACUCGACGACAAAGAGUUCGAGAAUUUCAUAGACUCACGCAAUCAUACUGCGCAGGCGGUUCUCGCUCACUUCUUUAUGCUUCUGUGCUUGCUAGAUACGGCAGCUUUCGGCGCAAGGGCACAGACAUUUGCCUUUCCCAGGCCUGUGUUAUUAUCAUGGAUCAAGAAUGUAGCCAAGAAAGUGCCGAGCAAAUACAGACACUGCAUGAUCUGGCCAGCUCAGAUGGCUGCACUUUUGGAAGCGCAGAUGUGA